AUGAUUAUAGCCCAAGGUGAUGAGGAAGCGAAUUGUCCUCGGGCUCUGAAGGAUGUCUGCAUUCAACUAGAGCACAUCAAGAUAGAGUUGAUAGAAGUAAGCAGCAUGCAAGGCAGAAACAGUCUUAAGAACAGAUCUUUGCUUCAGAAAGAUCUCAACCCUGCUAUUAAACCGUUUUGCCGGAGUGAUUUUACAGACAGAACUCCCGGCGAUCUGGGCUCUUGCUCAAUGAUACUACCCGAUGAAAUAUUGGACUGUAAGAUCCCGGACGAUGUUGAGCCGUACGUUUUGUGCCCAAUGUCGCAGAAUAUGAGAAGUUGCGGAUUGUAUGGAAGGGUACUGAUUUCUAUCAAUGGAACGAAAGACUUCUAUUGGUGGUACUUGGAUCUUCGUAUCGCCCUCGAGACCGAGGAAGUGAAAUCGUGUUUCGAUAUCAAGCGCUGGCAAGACGAAACCCACUUUUGCUUAGACUGA